AUGGCUGAUGUAGAACGCCUUACCCGUAAUAAGCAACGUGCUUCUUGUAAACGUGAUGCGGCUGCUAGCCAUAUUGAGGCAAUUUAUAAUUUGGGUUUAUCUGCUUCUACUGAUCAUUCUAUUAUUCCAAAAUUCCUUUUAGCCAUUGAAGAUCUUUCUGAAUAUUGGGCAACAUUUACUCUUGAGACUGACACCAUGUUAGAAGCUAUGAUUGAAUUAGGUACGGAUAGUGAGUUUUCCAAUAAUGUUGAGUUAGAGGUUCGAAAUACUCUUCUUAAUGCUAAAGCUUUAGCAAAUACUUUUCGCAUUAGUUCUGAUUCCGGUGUUGCAGCCAGUGAUUUUAGUAAUAAUGAUAAACCUGAUGUUACUGACAACGUUGAAUCAGUAUCAAACCCUACAGCUCAAGUGGGUCCGGUCAUUGAAAGUGUAGCUCCUACUGGUGCCAACGUUCAUCUACCUAAGAUUCCAUUGCCUACCUUUGAUGGCCGUCUUCAAAAUUGGCCAGACUUUAGGGAUCGUUUCACUACUUUAGUUGGUAAUAGGACUCAUCUUAGUAAUAUAGAGAAGUUUUAUUAUUUAUUAGGAUGUCUACAGCCUGGUCCUACGGAUGUGGUCAAGGGUAUCACAGUGUCUGAAACCACUUAUGACUUGGCUUGGUCUGCCUUAGUUCAACGGUAUGACAAGCCUCGUCAGUUGGCUACUACCUUGGUAAAUGACAUGCUCAACGCUCCAAUUAACCAUCAAGAGUCCCCAGCAGUAUUAAUUACCUUUUUAAAUACCUUCUGUGAGAACAUAGCUCUUCUUCGGUCAUUGAAUAUACCUGACUUAGGUUCAUUUCUGUUGUUUGCAAUAUCAGUUCGUUGUUUGCCUUCAACUACACGCCGUUUGUUUGAACAGGGAAACACUGUUGAGUUCCCUACUGUUGAUAGUUUGCUAUAUUUUGCUAAGGAUCGGGUUGAGGUGUUGGAGAACUCUAGCUCAUCUAUGGUUCAUGCCACAGUCAAGCCUCAUGCUAAGCUUAUGAGUGGCAAACCUAAGUCUACAAACAACCACAAAUCAACUCAGUCAAGUUCCAAUGCUUCUCGCAGUCACCAAGGUUCCCCAGUAGCAUUGGUUGCUAACAAAUCAGCUGGAGGCUCUCAGUGUUGUGAGCAGCGUAAAGGCAACCAUUCCUAA